CUGGGAUUAGAACCUGAAUCAGCAAACGCGCUUACGACCACUAUAUCAACGAAUUCCGUCCAAAACGUUAAUAGAAACAAAAUAUUAAUCGGCGUGCUUCGGUGGUUUGGGCACGUUGAGCGAAUGAGUGAAGACCGAAUGGUGAAGAAAAUAUAUAGAGCGAAAGUUAAUAUUAAAAGGUGUCGAGGUAGACCGAGACUAACUUUAGAAGACCAUGUGAGCAAAUUGCUCGAAGAGGGUAGGGUCAAAAGUACUCGGAUACUUAGACGUGCAUGCAUGAAGAAGAUAAUGAAUCUGAAAGAAGCGAAAGAGGUUUGUAAGGAUCGUGACACUUGGCGAUCUGUUCUCUCUGGCUACCCCGUUAGGGAUUGUGCGUGA